UUACGAUUAGUUUAGUAAGUGAGCAUGUGGCUCUGGGAGCUUAAACUUUUUCUAAUCCUGUGGACGGUCUCCCGGGUAUAUAUACCUUGCUGGGGAAAGCAUUUGAUCGGUCGAUUUGAGUCGAUAAAUGGUAUUGAAGGCGAAGAGGAAACUCUAUUCACUUGUUCAUUGCGGCUCGUGGGAAGAGAACGUAUGUUGAAUGGAUCGGUUAUGCACCAAGUCGACAUGGACGACUCCUUCGAGGUGUGGAUGGAUAUUCUGCACUUCAAGAACGGAGAGUGGGCUCACGGAAAUAUCAAAGUGCGAACGAACCCUUGCGAUUGGUUCACCAACUACUUUGGCAAAUACUUCCUGCCAUUGAUCAAGGAUUCAAAUCUACCGCCCAUUCAAGAGAUGUGUGUAUUCCCAAAGGGUGAAUAUUAUUUGCGAAAUACCAAGAUCGAACCUCAAAACUGGCCGCCGAUUUUGUUUCGAGGCCUUAACAAAUUCAACAUUAAUUAUGUAAGGGAUGGCAAAAGUACUGGCGGCAUUCAAUUUGUCAUUGACUUGGAAGACACAAAAUGGUAGCCAAGUCAUAUAAAAAACGGGCAAUCAAAAAGUUUUCUUG